AUGGACGACCAUGCGCCGCAGCCUCCUCCGCCACGGCCUCACCUCCUCUACCGCAUCCUCUCUGAAGUCGGCCUCGUCACGCUCUUCCGCUCCCCGCGCGACAUCAAGCUCCUCUGCCUGCAGCGCUUCGUCCGGCUCUUCGCCUACGGCGUCACCACCCUCAUCCUCGUCGCCUACCUCCAGCUCCUCGGCCACUCGCGCACCCGCGUCGGCCUCUUCAUGACCCUCACCCUCGCCGGCGACGUCGUCAUCAGCUUUUUUCUUACCCUCUUCGCCGACCGCCUCGGCCGCAAGGCCAUCCUCUCCCUCGGCGCGCUCCUCAUGACCGCCAGCGGAGUUGUCUUCGCGCUCUUCUCCAACUACUGGGUGCUGCUGCUGGCGGCGGUGCUCGGGGUCAUCAGCCCGGCGGGCAACGAGAUCGGGCCGUUCCGCGCGGUGGAGGAGAGCAUCGUGGCGCACCUGACGCCAAAGGAGCAGCGCGCGGAGGUGUACGCCUGGUACACGCUGUUCGCGCCGGCGGGGAGCGCGUUUGGGAUGGUGGCGAGCGGGUGGGCGAUCGAGGCGGCGCGGAAGAGGCUGGGGUGGGAGCUGCUGGGCGCGUAUCGAGGCGCGUUCGUGGCGUAUGCCAUCCUGGGCCUGGUAAAGUUCCUGCUCACGGUCAUGCUGUCCCGCGAGGUGGAGCUGGAAGAGGUGGUCGUCCCGCCGGCGCCGGCGCCGACGCCGACGGAGGCUGACGAGCGCGCGCCGCUGCUCAGCGGCACGCCGGAGCCGGAGCAGCCGUCCAAGAAGAAGAGGAGCCGGCUGGCGGCGAUGCUGCCUCACAUCAGCCCCGAGAGCAAAAAGGUCACGGCGAUCCUCUGCAUUCUCUUCGCUAUUGACUCCCUGGGCUCUGGCCUAGCCUCGCUCUCAUGGGUCACCUUUUACUUCCGAAGCCAAUUUGGUAUCGAAGAAGGAAAGCUGGGAUCUCUUUUCUUCACCACCAGCAUCAUCUCCGCCAUCACGGUGCUGGUCGCGUCUUCCAUCGCCAAGCGUCUCGGAAACGUCAAGACCAUGGUCUUCACGCACCUCCCGUCCGCCGUCUUCCUCGCCCUCAUCCCGAUCCCGUCCGACCCCAAAUACGCCGUCAUGUUCCUCGUCCUGCGCGCCUCCCUGCAGAGCAUGGACAGCGCGCCGCGGACCGCCUUCCUCGCCACCAUCCUGCAGCCAGGCGAGCGUACCUCGGUCAUGGGCGCCGUCAACGUCGUCAAGACGACCGCGCAGAGCAUGGGACCCCUCAUCACCGGCGUGCUGGCCAGCCACGGCCUCUUCUGGCUGACGUUUGUGGUCGCGGGCUCGCUCAAGGGCACGUAUGACCUGCUGCUCCUGGCCGUGUUCAAGAACUAUGGGAGGCAUCGGACCGGCUGA